AUGGGUCGUCUUCAGCUCCUUGUCGCCGCAGCGCUGGCCUUCGUGGGCCCCUCCGCGCAUGCCGUCACGAUCGGCUCCCCCAUUGGCAUGGGCUCCGGGACUACUGGCGGCGGAGACGUUGCCCCGGUUUACCCGAAUACUACCAAGGAGUUGGUGGCCUACCUGCGAGACCCGGCACCGAAGGUGGUCGUCUUGACCAAGACCUUCGACUUCCGCGGGCUGGCGGGCAACACGACUGCCGAGGGCUGCCGCCCGAACUACAUGCGCAAGUGCAUCGCGCUCAACAACGGCUUCAAAGGCCAGGACGUGAUUCUCCAGGACGGCGGUAUGAACAACACGGGCGGAUGCACCGACGGCACCAGCGUCAACGUCACGUACGACAACGCGUCGCUCAACCGCAUCAACGUCCGGGGCAACAAAACCAUCCGUGGCGUCGGCAACAGCGGCGUGAUCAUGGGCAAGGGGCUCAACCUGAACGGCCACAACAUCAUCGUGCAGAACGUCCACAUCACCGAGAUCAACCCGCACCUCGUGUGGGGUGGCGACGCCAUCACCAUGCAGGGCCUCAGCGACGGCACGGUGCCCCUGGAGCACAUUUGGCUCGACCACAUCAAGAUCUCGCGCAUCGGCCGCCAGUUCAUUGCGGUCGCCAAGGCCGGCGUCGCCAGCAUGACGAUCAGCAACUCGGACUUUGACGGCCACACUGAGUUCUCCAAGACGUGCGACGGCCACCACUACUGGAGCUUCAUCUUCGACGGCAAGACCACGGGGAUCACGAUGGUCAACAACUACAUCCACUACCUGUCCGGCCGACUCCCGAAGGUUGGCGGCAGCUCCGACAUCAGCGUCGUGACCCACAUCGCGAACAACUACUACAAGGACAACUCGUACCACUCGAUGGAGAUCGGCACCAACGGCUACGUGCUCGCCGAAGGAAACUACUUCGUGAACACGACCCAGCCGCUGUACGACGGAGACGACCCGGACAUUCCUGGAAUGGUCGACGGAUCUCUCUACGCGCCGCUGCAGUCUUCGGAAGACGAGUGCACUGCGAGUUUGGGUCGCCUCUGCGAAGAGAACGUGCUGGAAGACAGCGGCGCCUUUGGCUCGCGCAACGGCACCACGGCUCUCGCGGAGAUGAAGCCCCACCCCACGGUUGCUCGUUUCUCCCCCAAGCAGGCUCAGCAGCUGGAGUUAUCGACCACCAACUUCGGUGUGGGUGAGCUCAACUAA